AUGGAAGCAGAGAAAAAGGCACCCAAAAGACGGUCCAAAGCCUCCAAACAAGGAGGUGAUUCUCUUUACGAUACUGGAACGGACGAGACAAGUCCCAGCGAUGAAAAAAGUGAGUAUUCGCCAGAUUCAGUUAAUCAAGUAUCUGAACAAGGCGAAGAAUUUAAUUUUCCCUUUGAAGGCGAUUCUGUUCCGCAAACUGGACAAUGGAAUCCGAUAGAUAACUACCUUGAUCCCAAAUAUAUGUCGAGUCUAAGUUCCAGACGCCAAUCGAAUAUUCGUCUGUUCAACACGGAAUCGGAGAUCCUGGCCCUAGAGGACUUUGUUGAAAAAAUGGAAUAA